UAGUGCGAAAUAUGAAUUUAAUUAGGAUAAAUUUAAUGAUUGGAGCUUGAAUUUUAGAUUUUUUCAUAUUCAUUUAUGUGCUUAAAACGUGACAAAAUUAUCUGAAUUUUGUAUUUAGUUGUAAAUUUUAGUAUAUAAAAUUGCAAUAAUGAUUCUUCGAUUUUACAGUAGUUCUUGUGUGUUAUACAGCAUGAAGAAACAAGGAAUGAAGUUACAUAAAAUGUUAAAUCCCAAAAAUAAACGGUUAUGUUUGUUUUAGGCAGUGGUAUCCCUCACAGACCUCAGAUUUAAAUAUACUUCCCACACUCAAUACAUUGACAAAAACUCAAAGAGUUCCUGAUAAUCAAGGAAUACGCAGAGUAGCUGUUUUAAAUAAACUAUUUAUGAAACACAUAACAGAUAUAAUGUCCACUGGCACGGUUUCAAUGGAUAUUAUUGGAAGAGGAAUAGAAAUAUCUAAGGUCAAUGUUGCAAAAGACUUCAAAACCAUCAAUAUUUUCUGGAUAUGUAAAGGCGACGCAAGUGACAAAGAUACAGAUAAAUUAUUGCAGACAAUUGCAGGGCCCUUGAGACAUGAGCUAUCUACCCUCAGACUUAUGGGAGAAGUGCCAUACAUAUAUUUUGUAAAAGAUAAGCAAGAAUCUCAGAUUGUUGAUGUUGACAAACGGUUACUGCAAGCUGAUUAUGGUGAGGACUACACUCCAACUGAUAUGGGGGAGCUAUUAAAAUCUGAAUUUACAUUAAAUUUGAAGUUAUCACCAGAAUUAAAAGCAAAAAUAAAGCAAUUAGAAGACCGUCAUGAAAUAUUUGAGGACCCUAUACCGGAAAUGACAAAUUCUGUGUAUGGUUUAGAUCAUACGAAAAUUAUGAAUAGAUUGUUAGCAGCAAGAAAGAGAAGUAAAGAUGCGUGGGAGAACCUGGAAUCAGAGUCACCUGUAAUAUCAUACCGCACUACAAACACAUCACCCUCUAACAUUGAUCACAAGGAGCAAAAGAAGGAAAUAGCUGAGUUCCUGAUUAAGCGACAGAUCCUUCACAACAAGUUACAGAGGGCAAGACGUAAGCAAGACGAUACACAUGUUGAAGAUGAACAAAUUGAGGAAACAAAUGAGGAUAUAUAUGAAUUUUGCGAUGAUUAUGAUGAUAAUUAUGCUGUAGAUUAUAUUUCUGAAAAGAAAUAAAUGUGUUUUGAAGAAGGAUUGGUCUUAUAAGCGUUCUAUAAGCCUCAUUACCAGUAUGAUUUCUCACGUUUAUAUAUAAGGACAAAGGAUAAGGACAAAACAUUGUUAAUUUAAACUUAUAGUAUGUUUAUGAAUAAUACUUAAUUUGUAUAUAAAUGUAAAAUUGUUAGAGAAUAUUAUUAUAAUAUUUAGUAAAAAAGAUGUGAAGUUAGCGGUUUAACGAAUUCAUUCAUUCUUUGUGUUUGCCCUGUGUCCCGUUGUGAGAUUUCGGGCUGAUCAUCUUCGGAGUAAUACAAAUAUUUUGCGUAGAGGUCUCAUAAGUCAUUAUAGAGCUUCAAAUGUUUCACUCAGCGUUGCGUAAUCGACAAAUAAUAUUGCAUUCUGUUAGCUAGUCUAAAGGCAUGCUAAAAAUAUCUAUAGAAUGUUUUCCAUCUAGGAUUGUUAAUUUUGAAACAGUUAUAGUUCGUGAUAAGCCUAACUUUAAUUUUUUUUUGCGAACGACGAAUCCCGGUUUGUUUUAAGUCACUCGAAAAUAUGGAUAAAAUCAUUAAUAUACAUAGAUAAUUUUAGUUGCAAGACUUAGAUUUUUUUAAUUUGUUUAAAUAAAGUAUUAUCAACACAA